GCAGCAGGCAGCCCACGACCCGAUUCGAAAUUGAACCGGUUCGAACUUGGCCCAUAUACAGAUCAAAUUUACAUAAACUUCUUUUCACCAUUGUCUCUCUUUGCUCUCUCUAGCAUCAGACAAGGUGAGGGAAAAAACAAGAGGAUCUGAUGUACUUGCCUGUGGAUCUUAAUUACAGACAAGAUCAUGAUGGCCCUUGAAAAUAAAGAAACAAUGCAGAACUGUGAGGCAACCUUAAAAUGCCUCCAGACAAAGGGGUUCCCGUACAACCUGCAAUGUAACAGGAAUUCAGUUGAAGGCAUUCCAGAGCUUAAACAUGAAUUCGGUACUCAUCCGGGCAGAGAUGUUGUAGAACCAGUUUGCUCUUUGAGUGGAGAGUUUGUGGAACUUCCGAAUGAAUUUUACCACAAACCUACACUCCACCAUGAAUGUGGCUCAUGGUCGACCUUCUAUCCUGACUCUCAUAAGUUGCAGGCAUACCAGUUGAAUGCUUUUGGGGGCCAAGUUUACCACUUUCCUGUGGAUAACCGAUUUCAUUAUGCCCCAUUUAAUGUGAUCACUCAUGGAUACCCUUAUGAAUUCCAGUUCCAAGAUUUUCAGUACUUUGUGGUCAUAGAUUUUGAGGCUACCUGUGACAAGGAGAGAAACCCACAUCCACAGGAGAUAAUCGAGUUUCCAUCUGUUAUUGUGAGUAGUGUUACUGGGCAGCUGGAAGCUUGUUUUCAGACAUACGUCCGACCAACUUGCAACCAACUCCUGAGUGAUUUCUGCAAGGAUCUGACUGGCAUCCAACAAAUUCAGGUAGAUAGAGGUGUUACUUUGAGUGAAGCUCUCCUUAGGCAUGAUAAAUGGCUCGAGAAGAAGGGCAUAAAGAGCACUAACUUUGCUGUGGUGACAUGGUCGAACUGGGAUUGUCGGGUUAUGCUGGAAUCUGAGUGCCGGUUCAAGAAGAUCCGUAAACCUCCUUACUUUAACCGAUGGAUUAACUUAAAAGUUCCGUUCCGUAAGGUUUUCGGUGGCAUGAGAUGCAAUCUGAAGGAGGCAGUUGAGAUGGCCGGUCUAGCCUGGCAGGGCCGUGCCCAUUGCGGCCUCGAUGAUGCCAAAAACACUGCUCACUUACUUACCCUCAUGAUGCGCAAAGGUUUUAAAUUUGCGAUCACGAACUCACUGAUGUGGCAGGCUAGUGAUGGUCCAUUGAUGUGGAACCCGGUCCCCGAGAACAUGGCCUUCUUUCCACAUCACCCCCACAAGCCAAAGGAUCAGCAAAUGCCCCUAUUCCAUUACCACCCUUAUUGUUUCUGUGGGGUGAAGAGUAGCAAAGGAAUGGUUCGGGAGCCCGGACCGAAGCAAGGAAGUGUGUUCUUUGGUUGUGGAAACUGGACUAUCAACCGAGGUGCCCGCUGCCACUACUUCGAGUGGGCUUCGUCCUGAAACUGAAUUUGCAACAACAUAUCCAUCUCUCAUGAUGGCAUCUUAAACCCUUAAUGUAAAAAAAAAAAGGUUAAAAAAAGAAGAAAAAAACGGUAGUGGGUUGUCUCCUCAUUGAGGCACAUGCAGUACUUGGUGAGGCUUCUGCAUCUUGAAAAGCAUGUGUUCAUACUUUGCAUAGUUGCUCCGGAAGCGGGCAUGCACCGUAAACAUCAGUUGAUUUCCAAGGUACGAGAGCUUCAACCUAUAUAAUUCGGACUUGUUGAAUUGAGAACAAAUCAGGAAUAUGAGGAUUUGGGUAGUUAGGAUGAUGCAUUUACAUGUUUAAACGUGCUAAGUUUAUCAUAAUAAUAUUAACGAGAUAGGGAAAGCUUUGAUUUCCUAUGCAUUUCUAA